AUGGUGAAACCCGUUGAAACAGUUGACCUUUCCAACACCGCUGGCGCCUACUAUGCGCCAGCGACAAUCGCCCCCGCCGGCAGACUGAUUCAUAUCGCUGGCCAGCCGGGAAGCACAAAGGACGGCUUUGUACCUACCGAUUACGAGUCACAAAUCCAUCUGGCUUUGCUGAACUUGCGGAAGCUUAUCAUCGCAGCGGGAUCCUCGAUUGAACAUAUUGUUAAGCUCAACCUUUUCAUUGUCGACUACGAUGCAGCCAAUCGCAAGCAUACUCGUCACAUUGAACGAUUCCUCGCUGGACACCGCCCAGCUAUUACCUUGAUUCCGGUUCCCAAGCUUGCGGUGCCCUCCUGGCUGUUCGAGAUUGACGCUGUCAUCGCUCUGCCAGAGUCGUCGGUCCCUCCAGUCCUCCCUGCGGUGAAUGAGACCGUCGACGUUAUCAUCGUCGGGGCCGGUCUGGCCGGUCUUUCUGCCGCUUACGAUGUCGUGCGCGCCGGUCUGUCUUGUGUCGUCCUCGAGGCGCGCGACCGCGUUGGUGGGAAGACCUGGAGCACACCGCUAAAGGAUGGCAAGGGCGUCAUCGACUUGGGUGCCGCCUGGAUCAAUGACACCAACCAGAGCAAGGUUUACGCUCUGGCAAAACGCUAUGGGGUGGAGCUGAUUGAGCAGAACACCCAAGGCAAUGCGGUUUUACAAGACGCCGAUGGCAACUGUUCUCCCUUCCCGUACGGAGAGCUUCCCAACUUCGACAAAAAUACCCGAGCCCAUCUAGCAAAAAUUCGCGAUAUGUGCGAGGCUGAUUGUCAAGCCCUCGAUACUUGGAGACCUAAGGAUACCAGGCUGGAUUCCGUCACAUUCGAGGCCUACUUGACCUCCCGGGGAGCUAAUGAGGCGGCCCUCGCUACUGCGACUGUCUGGACCCGCGCCAUGCUUGGACAGGAUCCCAAGGACAUCUCGGCCCUGUUCUUCUUGAAUUACUGCAAGUCCGGGGGUGGUCUGUUGCAGAUGAGAUCAGAUUGUAAGCAUGGUGCCCAAUACCUGCGAGUUCGCCAGGGCACCCAGGCUUUCUCUUUGGGGCUAGCAUCCUCUCUUCCAGAGGGGACCGUCCGACUAUCCAGCCCUGUUCAAUCAGUUAUCCAACAUGCCGACGGGACCGUUAAGGUCCAAGCGGGAGGUACUGCCUAUGCCGGCCGUAAGGUCAUAAUCACGGUGCCUAGCCCGGCCAUGAGGACCAUUUCCUUUUAUCCCAAACUGCCUCCCGCCAAGCAGGCGUGGGUUGAUUCCACCACUUAUGGGUACUACACCAAGGCCAUGAUGGAGUUCCGCUCGCCCUUCUGGGUUAUGGCUGGCUUCUGUGGCCUCGCCCAAUCUUUCACCGGCCCUGCCAGUGUUGUUCGUGACAGCUGCAGCCCCGAAGAUCGUAAAUAUGUCUUGACCUGCUUCAUGGCGGGUGAUCCUGGCCGAGCAUGGGCGGCGCUGUCUACCAAAGAGCGAGAGCGGAGUCUGUUGGACCAACUGGCAAAGCUUUUCGGCGUCGCAAACUUGGGACAAUGA